CACUCUUAACACAACACAUUUACGUGAUCGUUUCUUCGGUCUUUGGCUGCCGCCUGAGAAAAAAGACUUUGUCGGAGGGUCGAUCCAGAUAAAACCGGCCAGAAUAAAAGUGUGGGCGGCGAAGCAACCCCCCUGUGGCCACAGACAGACUGUGACUUUAAAGGACAGCGGUGAAUCGGUGUGUGAGCCCGAAAAGCCUCAACAUCCCUAACGUGACAUUCUCUCGGUCUACGUUAGCCUCCGCUUUCUAAGUACGGCAAACGUUUUGAUUCACUUCGGGACUCGCCGGAGUUUUUCUUUGUUUAUUUGUUUGUUUGUUUGUUUGCUUUUUUUGUUUCCAUUCCCGAGGUCGUCAUCCAUCAACAUGUGAGGCUGGCCGGGAUGAGAGGAGGAUGGCAAACGGGGUUGGAAAACACAAGCUGCUCGUGAUUGGACCCACAGAACCAUGGUCGGUGAGGGAGAAGCUGUGUUUGGCCACGUCUGUCAUGACGAGCGGCGACCAGAACUGGGUCUCCGUCAGUAGAGCCAUCAAACCCUUUGCGGAGCCUGGACGACCACCGGACUGGUUUUCCCAGAAGCACUGCGCCUCCCAAUAUUCCGAGCUCCUGGAAGCCACAGAGUCUCCAAAGAGGAAGCGCGGCGAGAAGGGCGAGGUGGUGGACACGGUGGAGGACGUGAUUGUGCGGCGACUGACGACAGACCGGAUCGAAGAACUGAAGAGGUUGAUCAGAGAGACUCAGGAGAAGCACAGGAAACUGAAGAGAGAAGCUGAGUUGAUCCAGGCCGGACAUCUGGACUCCAAACUGGAAGAGAUAUGGCACGAAAUCCAACAGAAGAAGAAGCUGGAGGAGGAGGAGGCAGAAGUGAGAAGGAGAAGCACAGAUGCUGCUUUUCGGGCCAGACAGGUGGCCAAGAACACACACAAGCGAGUGUGUGGCGCCGACAUGAACUCCCCCUCAGGCUGUAGCUCCCCAAACCAGGACCUGUCCCCCGGCGACCCACUGGACCACCUGACGCUGGACUUUACGGCCACAAAGAACGCUCCAGCAUCGCUCCGGUCGAUGACCUUCUCCGAGUCACCUGGACUUGGUGCCGACGACCUGUUUGUUAAUGGGUCACCUCUGGAUGACCCCGGCCAGAAGAAAGUCCUGUGCCAGAGGUCCACGCCCCCGCCCUCCCCCCUGCUGUCAGAGCUACUGAAGAAAGGCAGCCUCCUGGCCUCCAAGUCCAGAACGAUUGGUGAUGGCGACCUGUCGGCCUGUGGCAUGAUGGGAGCAGCUGACCUGGCUCUGACCAGUCCACCUCUGCCUCGGGUCACAGCAGGGGCUCCGAUGUUGUCCCGUCUGUUGGAGGCCGGCCCCUCACAGUUCUCUGCUCCGUUGAGUUUCAUGGCUGGUACUGACCUGACCUCUGCCCCCGUGACCUCCACCCCCCCUCUGCCUGUGGACGCCACCUGUGCAGCCAGUACAGGGCUCGGUGAGGACGAUGACGGUGUCCCGUACAUGGGAGACGAACUGGACCUGAAGACCGUUGGAGACAUCAUCGCCAUCAUCGAAGACAAGGCAGAUGACGCUGCAGAGGCGUUGGACGCCGCUGCGGUUGAAGCUGCUCUGUCCUUGUGUGAGGACAACGGUCACGCUCUGUCCGGUGCCUGGGACACGGGGCCCUUCCAGGGGCCUCACCCGUCUGUCCCCGCUGUGGUCCCACGGUCCUCGUCUUCUCUCCUCUGUGGUCUGGAGAAACAGACGGAGGAGCUGCACGCCCAGGACCACGCCCAGGACCACGUCCAGGACCACGCCCAGGCCUCACUGUCGUCCCUGUGCAGCGGCCAGGGCCACUGUCCAACCGCGUUCCCCCUGGAGGUCCACGCAGGUACUGCCGCUCCACAUGGUGAGUCGGUGCGACGCAGUGAGGAGUCGGGUCCAUCAGAGCCGACCACAGACUGUGGCCCAGAAAAAUGGGGCGAUCAGAACCUCAGCUACGGUGGAGACUUGACUUUUGAAAACGGCCGACUGACAGUGAGGCAUCUCAGGGAGGGGGCGCCAGAAAAUGGAAUCAACGUCGGUCAGAGAGACGUGGACUCAGGGGCCAGAGGAGACGAGGAGGUCAACGGGGCCGAGGAAGACGACGGCGACGCGGCCGAGGGCUUCCUGUCAGAGCCGGACGGCGAGAUGGAACCGGCGGCCAGUGAGAGCGAGGACGGCUGCAGCCUGCACACGGCCUCCUCCUCCCUGCAGCUGCUCACCACCGCUGACUCCAGCCCCAGCAGCCCCGCACCGUGUCGUAGUUCUAUGUGCAGCGAGGACCUGGAGGCGCAGCAGGCUCACAAGAUCUGGAAAAAGUCCAUCAUGUUAGUGUGGCGUGCCGCAGCCAAUCACAGGUAUGCAAACGUCUUCCUGCAGCCAGUGACGGAUGAAAUCGCCCCGGGGUAUCACAGCAUCGUCCACAGGCCCAUGGACCUGGCCACCAUCAAGAAGAACAUCGAGAGCGGUUUCCUGCGGACCACGGCGGAGUUCCAGAGGGACAUCAUGCUGAUGUUCCAGAACGCCGUCAUGUACAACAGUCUGGACCACGACGUCUACCACAUGGCCGUGGAGAUGCAGCGCGACGUCCUGGAGCAGAUCCAGCAGUUUCUGGCCACGCAGCUCAUCAUGGAGACCGCCGAGUCCGGCAUCAGCGCCAAGAGCCUGAGGGGCCGCGACAGCACGCGCAAACAGGAGUCCACUGACAAGGACUCCGUCUCCAUGUCCUCCCCUGCCUUCCUACUCUCUCUCUUUGACGGAGGCACCAGGGGGCGCCGUUGUGCCAUAGAAGCUGACCUGAAGAUGAAGAAAUGAUGGUGGAGUCUUUGGCAAAAUAAAAUAAAGUGUCCCAGAGCUGCAGGAGGAAAGACGUGGGCUGUGGACCCUGAGUGGCCCACAUCCUAACUCUACUUCAGGACAACAGACGUGGGCUGUGGACCCUGAGUGGCCCACAUCCUAACUCUACUUCAGGACAACAGAUGUGGGCUGUGGACCCUGAGUGGCCCACAUCACCUAACUACUUCCUGUGCCACAUAACCUUUAUUUGCACUCCAGAUUAUUUAGCUGGAGGGUGGAGGUGGAGGAGGUGGAGGAGGAAUUGGGACAUGGAUUAUUGUGUCAGUGUGUAAUCCCAGAUUAGAGCGGGGACAUUCAAGGAGACCAGAAGGUCAAAGGUCGGAUGUUCUGCCCUGAACUUCAUCAGGUCACACAGUCGGAUGAGGAGGAAGUUACUUCCAGGUUCUGGAAUGCUGGAAUUCAGUCUGUGGUUUGGUUCGAUCACAUGAAUUGGGGAGAAAAAAAUCAAUAACUGAUGGAUCAAUAUUUGAACUUCUCACUCUCCACCUUCUUGUUUUUGAUCUGACUGCUCGUCCUGAUAAAUUUACCGCUUCAAAAGUGAUUAUAAAAAACUAGCUAACUAGCUAACAGCCUAUCAUUGUUAGCAGAAACAGGCAGCUCUGGCCACUGGUCUGAACCAGAGGUGGUGAUGAAAACUCACGGAGGCCGGUCUGUGGGUCUGUGGGUCUGUAGGUCUGUGGGUCUGUGGGUCUGUGGGUCUGUGGGUCUGGACUCCAGGACAGUUCUGUAGUUAGUCCCAGUCCAACCCUGGACGGUCCAGAGUUGCAUGGUGAAAACCUUAACAUUUCAUGUCAUGUUUUUAAAAAUGUAUUUUUUCUAUUUUAAGAUGGACUUCUUCUGUCUGUCCUACAGUUCCUGUGAAUCGGUGAAUCGGUACCUCGGUGAAUCGGUACCUCGGUGAAUCGGUACCUCGGUGAAUCGUCCUGUUUACAGUUGUCAGUGAGAGUAGAAACUGUUCAGACUGUGACACGGAUGAAACCAGUCAGGCUGUUGUACAUGAAGUGCCCCCAACCGGCUGUGGUCAACUUGAACUUCCAAGUAUUUCCUGUGUGCCAAUGCUAACAGCGUUAGCAGAACCGUUAGCAUCCUAAUCCAGCGGUUUAACCGAUCUUCUCAGUGUUUGUUUGGUUUUCUGGAAAAAAAAAGUGAACGUUUGAUGAAAAAAAGUUAGAUUUAUGUUCUGGUGAUUUUCAGAACAUUUUAAACUUAAUGGAAACAGACCUGUUGCCAGGAAACUCACCUGACACUGCCGGCACCUGGGAGGAAGGACCCAGGCUUUCAGUGUUUCCUCCCCGCCAAAUUAAAAGUCUAAAGAGAAACAUGCAAAAAAAUAAAAA